AUGAAUUACCCACUUCUUCUCCCCCCGUCAAGCUUCGUACGUCACGUUUUUAGAAAGUGCGCGCAAAUUCAAGAUGGCGGAAAACAAGGAGCGAGAAGAAAUAUUGAUAUUACAAAUGAAUCUGAAAUAGAUGAAGAUAACGACGAAGAAGUCACAGCAGCUGAAGUCUUGAAACGUCUUGAGCAGGCUUGGUUAAAUGAGAAAUUAGCACCCGAGUUAUUGGAGAGUAAAAUUGAGCUUGUCGAGUGUUUGCUUGAACAAAUAAAGGAAAUGGAAGAAAAUUUAAAGAACGCUGUAAAAGGAGAUCUCGUCGGAUCAUUGCACAAACUGGAGAUUCAACGAAUACGUUAUAUCAUCAGUAAUUAUUUAAAGAUCAGAAUAAAGAAGAUCGAGAAAUAUGCAUUUCAUAUAAUGGAUCGUUCGCACGAGAAAGUGGAUUAUAUUUCUCGCCUUUCCAGCGAAGAACAUUUUUACGCAAAAGAAUAUUGUAAAAAUCUUCAAGAUUUAUUAAAAUCACUGACUCUGGAUUGCAUGCCAUCUAACAUAAACACUUUAGAUAAGAGAAACUCAGUUCCUCAUCCAAACUUGGAAAGUUAUUUAUUUAUUAAAGUUUUAAAAUCCCAAGAACAAGUCGAACUAGAUCCAGAGGACCAGCCCUCUGAUUUGGAAGAAGGUGCGCAACAUUUGGUUCGGUACAGUGCCAUCAGCAGCCUCUUGGAAAACGGAGCUGUAGCGUUAAUUUGAAGAUUAGAAAUUCUCAAAAAGAGGAUAAACGUUGAAAUUUAGAUUACGUGCAAUUUUAUCUACAAAUAUUUUGUUUUGUAGUUGUUAUAUUUUAUAUUGAUAGCAGUUUGACAGUAAUAUGAAUGUUUUUUCAAGACUUAGUAUGAAUAGUCAUAUACACUGUUGUAACCAAGUUUUAAAUCAGCAAAUUGUACACAUCGUAGUAAGACAUCAUUAAGAUCCAAGGCCCAGGGCCCAGUCCUCUGGCAAGAACACUAUACAGUAACACAAUACAGAAUUGUUCCUAUUUCGUUGAUACAAUGAACAAUUGUAAGAAAAUUAAAAACAUUGGCUAGCUGCGCCGACGUGAUGAAAUAUAAUCAUACAACACUUGA